AGUAGUCUAGUAGAUCAUUACAGCCCAUAAUACAAUAUUAAGAAUCAGCUGAAUUUGUUUUUGAGAUACUUCAGCAUAUUAUACUGUAUAGGUAUUGAAUGCUUACAGUUAUCACAAGCCUUUAGCAAUUGAGCUGCGAAAUGCACAUCUUGACUGCCUAGUUAUAAGGCUACACCAAUAAAGAUUCGAGUCUCGUUUUUAAGAGCUCAGUUACCUUCGAGUACGCCAACUGGACACGUCUGCCGGCCGCUAUGGCUAACCAGAAAAAAGGAAGUAAGCAGCCCCUGUUACAAUCAAAAACACAGGAUGAAGACCGCAAUCUACACCAAAUCGAUUCUCAAUUCGGAAUGUUGGGAGUAGCACUGAUGUUGCUAUGUGGAACUGUAUCAAGUUAUUUGUUCACCAAUCUUCCGAACGCAUUGACACGUGCCGACUUGGAAAGAUAUCCUGGAGCAUUUAUUGCAGAAAGGGCGUGGGAUAAUUUGAAAGUACUGAACGAUAUUGGGCCGAAGCCAACCGGAAGUGAUGCAAACGAGAAGCUAACAGUAAACUAUCUGAAACGAGAAAUUGAAUUGAUUCAAGCUAGCAAGCAUCGAAACCAACUAUUGGCAACCAAACAUCAAAUUACAACAGGGGGUUAUCCCGUUGAUAAAUUGACGAGCUUGUACAGAAACGUACAAAACUUGGUCGUGAAAUUGGCGGGUGAAAAUGGUAACUCUACGAGUCCUGCCUUACUACUGAACUGCCACUUUGAUACGGUAGCAAGCAGUCCUGGGGCCAGUGAUGAUGGAGCUAGUUGCUGUGUUAUGCUUGAAAUUAUGAGGGUGCUAUCGAGAGAACCGAAACGUAAUCGACAUUCCAUAAUUUUCUUAUUUAAUGGUGCCGAGGAAACACCACUGCAGGCAGCACAUGGUUUCAUUACGCAACACAAGUGGGCCAAACAGGUCACGGCAUUCCUAAAUUUGGAAUCAGCCGGAUCUGGUGGAAAGGAAGUUCUUUUCCAAAGUGGUCCCCAACAUCCGUGGAUGAUCGAUGUGUACGCUCGUUCUAUAAGGCAUCCAUUUGCUCAGACUGCUGGAGAGGAGAUAUUCCAAUCAGGACUAAUACCAUCCGAUACUGACUUCAGAAUAUUUAGAGAUUUUGGAAAUAUUCCUGGAAUGGAUUUCGCACAUAUGGUUGAUGGAUAUCGAUAUCAUACUAAGUAUGACAAUAUGGAUUAUUUAUCGCUCCCUGUUCUACAGCGUACGGGUGAUAAUAUAUUAUCAUUGACAAGAGAAAUGGUGAACAGUGACGAAUUGGAGAAAGCAUCAUUGGGAGAGAACAAAGUCGGUUACAGUAUCUUUUACGACUUUAUGGGGCUAUUAUUUGUAUGCUACUCUGCCGAUUCUGCCAUUGCGAUCAACACUUUGGUAGCAAUUCUGGCUAUUAUCAUGCCAUAUUACGGACUCAGACGAUCGGUGGGUGUGCUGGGAGAAGGAUCCAUAGCAAAGGAAGCAAUUUAUGGAUUUUUAGCAACUGUAGUUGGAACUAUUGGAAGCCUCCUGACAUGCCUUAUCAUUGGUCGCCAGCUUGAUGCUAUGGGCCGGGCGUUAUCGUGGUACUCAACGCCGUUUUUAGUGUUGGGAUUGUAUUGCUGCCCGGCUUUGCUGUGUCAUUGUUUCUCGCAGAUGGGCAUUAAUCGAUUAUUUGCCAAUAAAAAGACUGUGCUGAAUUUAUCGCAAAUCGUUCAAUCCCGUAUGAUUGGUGUUAGUCUCUUCUGGGCCCUCCUGGUAAUUCCUCUGACGUUUGCUGGCAUACGAACUUCCUACAUUUUUAUGAUCAUCCUGCUGUUCUCAUUGAUAGCAUCAAUCGUAACGACGGUUUUAAGUUGGCAGAAUACUACCAGAAAAUGGCUCUUGGUACAUUUAGCCUUCCAGUUACUUACAAUGCUUUGGGCAACUCAGUACUACCAUAUGUUCAUGAAAUUGUUCAUUCCCAUUUCUGGUCGUAUUGGUGCAAAUAAAAAUCCCGAAUAUCUAGUUGGAUCAAUCGCUGCUCUAAGUAUACUGUUGAUUAGUAGUUAUAUGAUGCCUUUGGUGGGAUUAUUGAAAAGAGCCUCUGAGUUGACCGCCAAAUUGACAGUGUUCAUCCUAUUAGCUGUGCUGCUGGCUUGCUUCACCCAAGUUGGAUUCCCAUACCGAGAUGAUAGUGCACAUGCUCCUACAGUUCAGCGACACUAUGUUACGCAUGUUAUGCGUUCGUACUAUGAUGAGCUGGGUAAUUCUAGAGGAAAUGAUUCUGGAUUUUUAUUCCGAGAAAUGGAUCGCAACUCAGUCCGAUUGAUACGUGGAAUUGCCAGUCCGGAUAAGGUUACAGCAGUACGUCAAAUGAACUCGUGUGAAAAGGAAAUUUUCUGUGGGAUUCCAUUCUACUCUCUGUGGCAUCAAAAGCGAUUUGACAACUAUUGGUUACCUGGACCACCACCUGUCGCGGAAGAGGCAGUAACAAUCAAGAAGAUCAGGCAGGACCAAAUCAGCGAGCACGUCCGGCGACUGACGUUCGUUUUAGAAGGAAGCAUCCAAUCUUCCUUAAUUAUAGGAGCCAAACCAGGAGUGAAGUUGGUAGGCUGGAGCUUAUUAGAAAAGCUCACUCCUGCAACUGAAUUCAACAAUCAAACGGCUCACUUCGUGCUGAUCACUCACGGUUUGGCCAGUGAACCGUGGGAAAUAACUUUGGAUUUCGAACAUGAAGACACACAUUAUAAUGGAUUACUGGUGGAUAUUGCUGUCGUCACUACGCAUUGGGAAGCACAUCGCAUGCACACGAAGGAGUUCACUGAUCUGAUAAACAAGUUUCCAUCAUGGGCACACGUUGUACCGUCGGUCGCAGUUAUGAAUAUACACGUAUUUUAAAUAAAGAAAAUGUAUUUGUUUA